GCUUUACCUUAUGGCACACAGAAACACGCAAAUUGCAUAUUUGCUGUUGAUCGUGGUAGUUGUAUCUUAAGUGUCGUGUGUCGUUUUCCCGAACAACCAUAGGCGGGCGGGUGUCCGCCUGGCUUAGUAUACCCACUGCUCACAUGCAAUUCCCAUUCCAGAACUCUACUUUCCUAUAUCUAUGAUAACAAGAAGGGUUACACGGAUUUCAUAUACCGUCGUAGUCGUCUUAGCCCUUGGUCUUGCGCAACGUGUUUUUUGGCGCCUUGGUCCGCCUGUUAGACCGUAACACCCCUAACGCAAGGUUAAUAUAGCCACCAUUUUUUGCUAGGGGCUCUGGCUUGGGCGUUUUUCUCUAGGAAAAUGGCUGCAGACCCUGGGCUUUCCGGAGAGCCUAGGACCGCGCACCACCACUUAUUUAUUAGUGGCAUACCUCCUCGUCUGCCCAAAGAGGAGGUGGAGGCGGCCCUGGCAGCAGCCCUGGCAGAGAAGGGCUUGCAGUCUCCGCUCAUAAGUGUUGUCCCUCAGUCAGCUUGGAAAAACAAAGGGUUUGGAUUUGUGGACCUCGCUGGUUCUCCUUCUGCCGAGCAGAUAGCAGCGGCCGCGGCCGCGCUUGACAACUCGGUGAAAGUGGGUGGCAAGGCCAUCUUGGUCCAGGUUUGCCGUCCUUCCGCGUCGGGAGCCAAGCCCAUUGCUCGAGUUCCCCUUCAAUGGGAUCAGCCUGCUGAAAACGUGUGUCGGCUUUGCGCUCAAGUUCUUCACAUGUUCUUCGCACGGCGGUUGGAGCAUUCCAGUUUCAAGGCGGAGAAACUUCUCUAUCGGCUCAGCAUCACUAUCGCACCUUCCUGUGGCCAGAAACCUAUGCAAAUCUCAGCAUGGGGUCGGGACGUCUUCGGCAGCCUUGAGCAAAUGCUACUCGCUAUCGGCGACAUGCACUUUGGGGGCGGCUGGACAUUAACAGGAACCGUCGCAGACAGGAACGCGGUGCUGGAGGUUGGCAAAGCCCGAUACAUGCAUGGCUGGGACCCGCAGGGCGACCCUACCGUGACCGCAGUUAUCCGUCUCGCGGCCUGCAAGCAGCGUCUGGACGACCUCCACACGCCUGAAGCCAGCACCGGCUUUUCUACUCCAAGCAUGUGCUGCCGCCGCUGCAGCGACUGCGGCAGCGAUAGCCCUGUCCAGAGCACGGACCAGCCCAGCUGCAGCCAGUCUGAGGCCUCAUGGUCGCCCUACACGGCCACCAGAGGCGGCGGCUCUGUCCUGCCUGCGUCCAGUUGCACCUCACAGCUCCUGACGACUGUCAAUUCCUCCGUCACUUUGGCGGGAGCCUGCAGUGGUGGUAGCUGCGGGGAGGGCAGCAGCGCGCAACCUCGAGACCGAGACCCUCGAGUUUCGGAGCCAGACCCGCCUGAAACACCCAACGUGAUCGACCCUGAGAGGGCGUGUCGCAGCUCUGCGAGCACCGCCAGUUUGAGCAGCAGUGUGGCUACUAUCCCCACGGCCGCGGCAAGCACACCCAGCGACACUGGGCGGUCGUCUUGCGGAGGCUGCUGCUGCAGAGGGCAGCAAGCAGGACGGCAUCGGUCGGCAGGGCAGGAGGCGCUGCGCAGCAAUGCCCAGCACGCAAAGCACGGCAAGUCCUCACCCGUUGCGUCGCUGCAUGGGCGGUGCCAAGCGUCGCUGCAGACGCCUCAGCAUUACGGACCUUGUCAACCUGUGCCAUCGGCAGCUGCAAACCCCCAGUCGCGCGGCCACCCCGGCGUUGGUGCUGCGGCGUCGCCGCCCUCUCGCAGAGGUAUUCUCGAGCGCUGCGCUCGCUGCCUGCAGCAGCUCUUCGCCUCGCGGCCGUACCAGCACACCUACACGCUGUCCUUCCUGGUGGAGGCACUCGCGGCGUCAGACGAGGUGGUGGCCUGGGGCAAGCACGCCGCGUUCUUCAGCCUUGUCGGUUACGCGGAGGCGGUGUACGGCAGCUUUGAAGGACUGCUGCUGGAAGUGGAGCGCCUUUACUUUGGCGGUUCCUGGCGUUUCGGAGGCGGCAUGAGGUCGGGAGAGCCACGGGUGAUCUGCAUCGCCGCACCACCGAUGGGCGCUCCGCAGCCUUGCGGCGGUGGAGGCGGCGGCGGAGGAGGCCCCAAGACGCUGCGGAGUGGCGGCAGGUCGGCGUCGGGUGGCGGCGGUGCCAGGCGGCGUGCAGGCGUGAUGCUAGGUGCGGGUGCGGGCCCGGCGUUGUGGUAGGGCGGCAGCAGGCGCCAUUUUGCGCGCCUGGGGUUUCGGGGUUUGGAUUUGGGUCGGUUGUUUGUCCACAGGCAUGCAUGCAUUAUCGACGCAUGCCGCGUAAGGCAUUGGGUUAUUUCCAUAGGCUUAGGCUUUCCUUUUGUUGUGUUGCAUACAAUGAAUAGCUAUUCCGCACUGCAUCUUGCUGGGUUGACGGCGACUCACUGAGGGCGUUAUGUAGGUGAGCGGGUAAGGAUCCCCCGAUUUCCCCUGUAGCGGGGAUGCGUAUGUCGAAGUUUUGGAACGCUCUAGAGGUGUACCAGGUGUGUGCGCUCUGCUGCGACGGUUAAAUAAACAUUGCGGAUAGGGCGUGAUCCCACGAUACCUGGCCUUGGGGUGCAAUGGGUUCCGAUGUUCCCUCCUGCUGUCCAUGAGCCUUGUUGCUCUGCGAGCGCACUGUGAUCCGAGUUCGGCGGCGGAAGCCAGCCAGCGCAGAGUAAGCGACUGCUGAGCCACGCGGGGCAACAGCGUAACUUGAGUUCGGUCGUUGUGACUGUGGAUAAGGUUUAAACACGCCAAGUGCGCGACCCGACCAAGUGGCGUCUUUUUGAUGCCGCUGCGAUUGCAUUGCGUUACGUGCCACUCUUAAUAAACUCAAUGUUGCCCGUUUAAGUUCCCGCGCGAUAUCAUUUGUACUGUGUUCGCCAUUGCGUUGUUCAGCUGCGUUGUUGGGGUCUAUGUUCAGCUGCGUUGUUGGGGUCGUGUGCCAUUGAUGGCGCACCCUCGGGAUCCGAAAAGGGUCUUUGGUUGGCGUCUUUGAGCCCCUUGGUUCAUUAGAGGUUUGUACUUCCGGGGGCAACGGUUUUUGCGGGCUGUGUCGAAAUGGCAGACCUAGGUAGAUGGAAGGUCUGGGCAGCGCUGUUGCGGCGGUGGUUUUAGGCAUGGGAUACGUGCUAAGAAGGACCCCGGUUAGCGUCCAACUGAUGUGUGUCGUUCGGCUGCUGCCAGGGGAGCUGUUUGGAAAGGCACGGUAUCUGGUGAAGUGGUAGGAGGGGUUGUGACUGUGUAGGCAGGGGUGGCUGUUGUUGUUUACGCAUCGCGAACUAGCAGUGAUGUUGCAGUUGUGCCAGAGGCAUGUGGCGAGCGCUGCUGUAUGGCGCUUUGGCAAGCAGUUUCGUUUAGGUGGCGUAGAUUGCUGCCUCUGUACUGCACGUUGUGUGGCAGGAGUUCCCAUCUUUGCAAUCGCACUGUUAUGCAUGACGAACGCAUCCUUCAUCUUUAUCGUUAUCUACCAGGCCCGUGCGAAAGAGAUGAGUCAUUCCAAGAUGUAUUUGUUGGGUAUUAGUUGGUUUGCAGUUUCCGAACAGUCUGCUUUGCACGCAGACAUUUGCACGCAGGAAUUCUGUACAAAACAAGAAACGAACUGUUGUUGAUGUCAUGGGGCCCCUUUGUGCCUACAUGACUGUGCUGAUGCACACUAGAACUGCUUGGGUUACAUGGACUGCAUCUUCUCCGGAAGCAAUGCAAUUUGACAUGCU